UUUGCGGGUGUGGAUUGUGGUGGUUUUUGUUGUUUCGUUUUUAAAUUUUGUUUGAAUUCUUUUCAUUUUGGUUGGGUUACUUAAAAUAAUGUGCUUAACGUGAAUGUUGCGAUAGUGAUUGUUUAAAUAAGGUCCGCAAGAGAAUGCAGCGUUUGUGCCAAGUGCUGUUGCUGCUCGGCUUUGCUUUUGGGGCACUGCAGCUAACGGUGGGACAACCCGAUACCCAUAAACUUAAUAAACGACAGCUUAAUCAGUUCGACCAGUAUCCCACACCGCAGUAUGGGCUGAAUCCGAAUCCAAACGGCGACUACAAUUACAAUAAUGAUCCGCGUUACAAUAACGAGCAGUUCGGUGAUGUUUCGUCGAAUGGACUUGGAAAUAAUAAUGAUCGAACGCGGUAUCGAACAGAUAAUGGGGUUGGGGGCGUCUACAAUGGUUUGUCUGGUCAGGACAAUGAGAACAAGCGACUAGGCGGCAAUUAUUUGGAUACGGAGCCUAGUCUCACGCGCGGGAAGUCGUCGUACAAUGUGAAGGCGACCUUCUUGGAGACCCUGCACUCCAGAGAACCAACCUAUUUUAUAGUGGCCUCUCGCAUGGUGCGGCCGGGACUCAUUUAUCAAGUGUCCGUAUCCAUAUUGCAGGCGCAAUAUCCGAUAACAGUGCACGCUAGCAUUUCCUGCGAUGGAGUUCAGAUAAGUGGCGACUCAAAGGAUGUUAAGGAAGGCGUGCCAGAAACUCUGCUGAUGCGCAUACCACCGACCAGUGUGGUCGGGGACUACAAAUUGCGGGUCGAGGGCUUCUAUCAGAAUGUUUUUGGAGGUGUAGCCUUCCUGAAUCAAACUCGACUCGAUUUCUCUCAACGGUCCAUGACUAUAUUUGUGCAGACUGACAAACCACUCUAUAUGCAAGGCGAGACAGUGCGCUUUCGGACGAUACCUAUUACGACAGAGCUGAAGGGCUUCGACAAUGCCGUAGACGUCUACAUGCUAGAUCCCAACGGACACAUCCUAAAGCGUUGGCUUUCACGCCAAUCAAAUCUGGGCUCCGUCUCACUCGAGUACAAGCUGGCAGAUCAGCCCAUUUUCGGGGAAUGGACUAUACGGGUCAUAGCGCAAGGCCAGCAGGAGGAGAGCCAUUUCACAGUCGAGGAAUACUACCAAACACGUUUCGAGGUCAAUGUUACUAUGCCGGCUUAUUUCUUUACCACCGAUCGCUACAUAUAUGGUCGCGUGAUGGCGAACUUCACAAGCGGUCUGCCCGUCCGUGGCAAUCUGACGCUCAAGGCAACAAUUCGACCAAUUGGAUACUUCAGUAAUCAGGUACUGAACGAGAAGUACCGGUUGGGACGCUCUCCGUUAGAACAGGCGAAUCGACACAACGAGCGCUGGCGAUACAAUCAAAACAAUCAAAAUCCACAGUACAUUCAGCCACAGCUUCCGGAUGGGGCAGAUCUGCCGCAGGAUCUGCUUUAUCGUAAUCAGUAUGUCGUCGAGAGACAUUACCAGUUCGACGAAGAGUGGCCUUUUUGGGUGCGCAAGCCUGAGCUGCAAGAGACCUACGAUUCCUGGACGGGCUCGUAUCGUAAAACGUUGCCCUUCCUGCGUUACUUUAACGGAACAUUCGACUUCAAAUGGUCGCUAAGGGAGCUGGAGGUGCUCGUUCCUAAUUUAGCCAACAUGGAGGUGCUGAUAACAGCCACUGUGGGUGAAAAGUUCUACGACGAGAUAAUCUCGGGCUACUCGCUGGCACGUGUGUAUAAUUCGAGUCUGCGCGUAGCCUUUUUGGGCGAGUCCCCACAGGUCUUCAAGCCGGCCAUGCCUUUCACAACCUACCUAGUGGUGGAAUAUCACGAUGGCUCUCCUAUUGAUCCUCAACUGCUGCGCCAGGGGCUGAUGGAGGUGAGCGGCUUCGUAGAGAGCAAGAGCGGUGGCAGGCGGGACUGGCCUCUCCAGCGUCUGCAAAUGUCGCAGCAGACCGAAGGCGUCUGGGAGGUAAAAAUAGAUCUACGUAAUGAUUUGCAGUUAGAUGAACGCCCGCAAGCACGUGAAUUCCUAAAUGGCAUCACAACGAUGCGCCUUCAAGCGGUGUUCCGGGUGGUGAACGAGUCCACGCUGUUCCGCGGGGCGUACGAGUCCACGCGAGAUUCGCGCGGCGAACCAGUCCAAACGGAGCUACUACUUGUCUCGCACUAUUCUCCACGCAAUCAGCACAUUAAGAUCACCACCAGCACUGAGAAACCAGUGGUGGGAGAGUACAUCAUAUUCCAUAUACGAACUAACUUCUUCUUGGAGGAGUUCAACUAUCUCAUCAUGUCGAAAGGCGUCAUUUUGGUGAAUGAUCGGGAAACUAUCACAGAGGGUAUCAAAACUAUAGCUGUAGUGCUAAGCGCCGAAAUGGCACCAGUCGCCACACUCGUAGUAUGGAAGAUUACGCCUCAGGGACAAGUGGUGGCGGACUCUCUAACCUUCCCCGUCAACGGCAUUUCGCGCAACAACUUCACAGUUUACAUCAACAAUCGGAAGGCUCGUACUGGCGAGAAGGUCGAAGUGGCCAUCUACGGCGAGCCCGGCUCGUAUGUAGGCCUCUCCGGCAUCGACAGCGCCUUCUACACAAUGCAGGCGGGCAACGAACUAACGUACGCUAAAAUUAUUACUAAGAUGUCGAAUUUUGAUGAGCAAACGAAUGGCACUUAUAAGCACAUUUGGUACUCACAUGAGGGAAAUCCAGACCAAUUGGUAUAUUUUCCGGCCUCAUCCUUUGGCAUCGAUGCGAACCGCACCUUUGAGUACAGCGGACUCAUUGUUUUUACCGAUGGUUAUGUGCCGCGUCGUUAUGAGAAUUGUAACCGCACGCUUGGCUUUGGAGAAUGUCUCUCGGGACGCUGCUACCGUCUGGAAAAACACUGCGACGGUUUAUGGGACUGUGACGAUGGAACUGACGAAAUCGGUUGCAAAGUUCGCAACGACACUGAGCUCCUGAAUUACCGCAAAUAUCGCUUCAAUCGCGUGCUGCGCCACUACGAGAAUGUUUGGCUGUGGAAGGAUGUGAACAUUGGGCCCCAUGGGCGUUACAUCUUCAAUGUAGAGGUACCCGAUCGUCCCGCCUAUUGGAUGGUAAGUGCAUUCAGUGUCAGCCCCUCAAAGGGCUUCGGCAUGCUGAACCGUGCACUGGAAUAUGUGGGUGUCCAACCCUUCUUCAUCAAUGUGGAGAUGCCCAGCACUUGCCGGCAGGGCGAGCAAGUCGGCAUACGCGUCACCGUCUUCAAUUACAUGACCACACCCAUCGAAGCUACUGUAGUGCUGCAUGGCAGCAGUGACUACAAGUUUGUGCAUGUAGAGGAGGAUGGUAUUGUUCGGUCGUACAAUCCGCGCACCUCCUUUGGCGAGCAUCAGUUUUUCAUCUAUCUAGAUGCUCAGGGCACAACGGUCGUUUAUGUGCCCGUGGUGCCGCAGCGUCUUGGCGAUGUUGAUGUGACGCUCCAUGUGGCCACACUUCUUGGCACAGACACAAUUACCCGUCGCUUGCAUGUAGAGUCCGAUGGUCUGCCACAGUAUCGUCAUCAGUCUGUGCUGCUCGACUUGUCCAAUCGUGCCUAUGUCCUGGAAUACAUGCACGUCAAUGUCACCCAAACACCCGAGAUUCCGUAUCAGGUGGAUCGGUACUUCGUCUAUGGCUCCAAUCGUGCGCGCAUCUCUGUGGUGGGAGACGUGGUUGGUCCAAUAUUCCCCACCAUGCCAGUGAAUGCCAGCUCGCUUCUCUACCUACCCAUGGAAUCAGCGGAGCAGAAUGCCUUCUCCUUCGCCGCAAAUCUCUACACAAUCAUGUAUAUGCGCCUAAUUAACCAGCGCAACAAGACGCUGGAAAAGAACGCUUUCUAUCACAUGAACAUUGGCUAUCAGCGUCAGCUGUCCUUCAUGCGGGAAGACGGCUCCUUCUCGCUAUUCCGCUCCGAUUGGAACAAUUCCGCCUCGUCUGUGUGGCUGACUUCGUACUGUCUGCGCAUAUUCCAGGAGGCAUCCUUCUACGAGUGGGAGAACUUUAUUUGGAUCGACUCUACCAUAAUUGAGAAGAAUAUGCGUUGGCUUCUGCAGCAUCAAACUCCAGAGGGUGCAUUCUACGAGGUCACCUGGCUGCCCGAUCGCAAAAUUAACCGCACCAACUAUGCCAAUUACACUAGCUUGCGGAAUCGUAACAUCACUUUAACUUCACACGUCCUCAUCACAUUGGCCACUGUCAAAGAUCUUUCUGGCACCCUGGGCUCCCGGGUGGCUUUGGCCCAACAACGUGCCAUAGCCUGGAUCGAGCGCAACAUGCAGUUUUUGCAGGACACACCGGAUCCUUUCGAUGUCGCCAUCACAGCCUAUGCCCUCCAGCUCUGCAACUCCCCCAUUGCGGAGCAUGUUUUUGGAAUUCUGCGAAGGCACGCCCGUACAAUCGGUGAUUUCAUGUAUUGGGGUAACAAUGAGCUGCCGCAACCGCCGCGUAAACUGGAAAAUCAAAAGUGGUUCUCAUUGCCUCGCCUGCCUUAUGAAUACGAUUCCCUAAAUAUAGAAACUACGGCUUAUGCGUUGCUCGUUUAUGUGGCACGUCGUGAGUAUUUUGUGGAUCCCAUUGUGCGUUGGCUGAAUGCCCAGCGCUUAUACGAUGGAGGCUGGGCAUCCACCCAAGAUACGAGCGCUGCUCUGCGGGCUCUUGUAGAGUACACGGUCCGGUCCCGCAUUCGCGAGGUGUCCUCCCUGAGCGUGGAGAUUGAAGCAUCCUCGCAAGGCGGCAAGACACAGUAUUUGCACAUCGAUGACACAAAUCUGGCGCGCUUACAGAGCAUUGAGAUACCCGAUGCUUGGGGAACUAUCAAGGUGCAAGCGAAGGGCGCCGGCUAUGCAAUCCUUCAAAUGCAUGUUCAGUACAAUGUAGAUAUUGAAAAGUUCCAAACAAAGCCACCCGUACCUGCAUUCGGUCUGCACACCAAGGCUAUAUUCCAUGGCAGAAAUCAGUCGCAUAUCUCCUACGUCGCCUGUCAACACUGGGUUAAUACACAAGAGGCGGAGCGCUCAGGCAUGGCAGUGCUAGAUGUGGCUAUACCCACAGGAUAUUGGAUUCAGCAGCAGAAGCUCGACAGCUAUGUGCUGAGCAAUCGCGUACGGAAUCUGCGUCGUGCUAGAUACCUGGACCGCAAAAUUGUGUUCUACUUUGAUUUUCUUGAUCAAGAGGACAUAUGCGUAAACUUUACCAUAGAGCGUUGGUAUCCUGUUGCGAAUAUGUCGCGCUAUCUGCCGGUUCGUGUCUACGACUACUAUGCUCCUGAGCGAUUCAAUGAGUCUAUAUUUGAUGCAUUACCCACCUAUUUGCUCAACAUUUGCGAAGUUUGCGGCAGUUCGCAGUGUCCAUACUGCUCGAUUUAUAACAUGGGUUGGCGAACAUCCAUGUCCGUCUCAUUGCUGUUCUUCAGUGUUUUCGUUUAUUUACUGCGCAGUCGCACGCAUAUUGCCUUGAACAUGUUACAUGUGCUUACCUAGGACUCAGACAUUCAAUGAGGACUGUUGCCACAUGUUAAUUUAACUCGAAUUAAUACGCUGUUUUUAGUGUUGUUUUUGUUUUGUGUUUUAUGAAAUUGCAUUCCGUCCAAAAAUUCUGGUCAACAUAUUUUUAUUUUACGAAUUAAUAAUUGAUUGAUUAUUAAUUAAAUCGCCAAUAGCAGUGACCGCAUAUAACUUAACAUAUAAAUACAUACAUACAUAUAAUUAAUAUUCAAAUGUACAAAUCAAAGCAGCUCCGUGGAAAAGCAACAAAGAAACAAACGACCCGCUGAAUUAAUUUAUUUUGCCCCACCCACAUAUCGUUGAGCGUAAUACCUUAGUGUUUCACGUAAUAUUACGUACAUAUACUAUACAUAUGUAAUUUGUAAAUUUUAAGUCGGUAGUCGUAGCUUGAAUGCUCUUUUUCAUUUCCUUUUCCAUUGCUUUAAAAUCAGAGCGCUCCAAGAGCUCUUUGUCUGUGGCGCCAGUUGUUGCAGCACAACUGAUCGCUAAUCGAAACAUUAUGUGUCUUUUUGAAAUCACAAAUUGCCUUUGAUUAGAUUUUAGAAAUCAUUAGCGAAUAUAACCAAUACUACGAAAAAUAUUGAAAAUCAUUCAUAUCAUUUGGAAGUUUUAUAUAAAUAAGUAAUCUCAAUGACUAAUAACAAACGAAUAAUUAUGUAAUAGCGUUAAUGAACCCGUCCAUUUACUUUUCUAUAUGAAUAAGUUCCUCCAUCUGAUUGUUAACUUUUUGAAGUGCUCCAAAUAAAUUCUAGCAAUCUAGAUUCUAGGUUGUUCAGGCACUUGAAACAGGUAGCAUCCAGUUGGGGAAAUUGAGGCCUAUUGUGUAAGUUUCUCAAAAAGUUUUAUACAUUAGUUUUUUAUAAUGAUAUUAUUGUAGUUGACAAAAUACGAAAACUUGAAUAAACGUAACUUCGUCUCCCCUUUAUCGUAA